UCUCCUGCGGAACAAAUGUUCUCUUUUGAUAUUUGCUCGGACAACAAUAACGAACGGAACAAUCGCUGCAAUUCUGUUUAUGAUACCGGGAGCGAAGUUGUUACAGCUGAUAGUCCGCUUGUUUACAUUUCAUUAUAUAUUUGUAAGGUUAUUUGGCGACCGAAAUUCAGUUUUCAAUCUGUUGCAGUUGCAGCCAGAGCCUUUGCUUCCGAGUGUCGUUGAUUAUGGUGUAGACGGAGCCCUUUUCUCUGAGACAGCAGCGACGGUCCCAGUUGCAUGAAGGAGUCACCAGGUCAUGUGGUUGAGGAGCCAUUGUUGUUAUCAGCAACUUCGAUGCUGCAGUGACUUUUGGGAUAAUGAGGCGGGUCCCGGAGGUGCUGGACGAAUGGUGUCCUAAUUCCACUGAGCCAGCAGGGGACAAAAGGGUAUCUAAUGGGGAGAGAGUGCGGGGCAGCCAUGCUGACGUUGGCCAGUAAGCUGAAGAGGGACGAGGGGGUGAAGACUGGCCGGCCCCCUGGGGGCCCCUCCGACUCCUCUCACAGGGUCUCUAUCAGGGACCGACUGCUCAUCAAAGAAGUUGCAGAACUUGAAGCCAACCUCCCUAGUACGUGUAAAGCCAGCUUCCCUGAUGAGAACAAGCUACACCACUUUCAGCUUGCUGUCUCUCCAGAUGAAGGCUACUACCAGAGUGGAACGUUCCAUUUUGAAAUAGACGUCCCUGAAGCCUACAACAUGGUGCCUCCCAAAGUGAAAUGCCAGACCAGAAUAUGGCACCCCAACAUCGCUGAGACGGGGGAGAUCUGUUUGAGUUUGUUGCGGGAGCACUCUAUUGACGGCACGGGCUGGGCCCCUACCAGAACAUUAAAGGAUGUAGUCUGGGGAUUGAACUCCUUGUUUACCGAUCUACUUAACUUUGAUGACCCAUUGAACAUUGACGCGGCCGAGCAUCAUCUGCGUGAUAAGGAGGAUUUCCGGAAUAAGGUUCAGGAUUACAUCAAGCACUACGCCAGGUGAUGACUGCAUCAGCUGCGCCAGCUGCCUGCACCCGCCCCCCCCCCACCCACCCCCGUCUGUGACUGCGCAGCUGAAUCCCGUCCCUAAUGUCUCAUCAACCAACUAACCGCUGCGCACCGCUGACACGCCCCGGCUGCAAUAAGACGUCGCUGGAAGAAGAAAAGAUUAAACACGUUUUUUUUAAGUUUGAGGAGGGACUUGUUUAUUGUCCUGAGUGGACCAGAGUAAUCAUCUGUCACAACAGGGAUCGUCCAAUGACUGGGCUUCUCGUUGUGUCUGAGCCAAUCAGAGUGGGCGCCGGAGGCAGUGAGGACCCGGGAUUUAAACAAUCCAGUUAUCUGUUAUUUAAGAAUCGGCGAAUCAAAGAGAAAGAUGAUCUGUUCGUUUUUCUCAGUUCUAGUGCCUGCCAUGUUUGUGUUGCAAAGAAAAUGCACGCGAGCGCACACGCACACACAGAACCCCUUCACGCACAUUGAGAAACAAGCAUACUCAACUAGCUACUCACAACACACAGCACUUGGCUGUGCAUGCAAACACACAGCUGGACAUACGACAUAUCUGUUAUGUCACUCGUUCCUGCCCACCCCCAACUCACCAGACAGCAUGUGAAUGACAAGUGCCACCAACCCAGUCCCCAUUCUAGGCAUUCCCCAUUUGACCCAGUCAGUCCCUAUUCCAGUCAGUCCCCAUAUUGUUCAUUUCACUCUGGAUAUAUCUGAAAAGGAACCCUAAUAAUCCCAAUAAUCCCAACCCUAUAGGCCCUGGUCUAAAGUAGCGAGUGCAUUAUAUAGGGCAGGGUUAUUCAACUCUGACCCUACGAGGGCCGAAGCCUGCUGGUUUUCUGCUCUACCUGAUCAUUAAUGUUAUCCACCUGGUGUCCUAGGUCUAGAAUGGAGAAAGAGCAGUGGAGCUGGUUUGAAGGUCCAGAGUUCAAUACAAGGGACAUGGGGAAUAGGGAACCAUUUUAGACUCACCUCAGACACGCCCACUUCCUGUCUGUUCUGUUCACUCAUCCAGAGGGGAAACACUAUGUACCGGUGCCCGGGAUGCACUGUAACACUGUCUAGAUGAAGCUUCUAGGAAAAGUUGUACAACCACACUUGACCCUUGACCUUAGCUAACCCCUGGGGAAGCCAAACAGAGGACAUUCUGCCUCUGAAAGUCUCUCUUUUUCUCGCGCUUUCUUGCUUCAUCCCUCUCCUGCUGUUUUUCAUCCCUCUAUCCUGCUGUUUUUCAUCCCUCUAUCCUGCUGUUUUUCAUCCCUCUAUCCUGCUGUUUUCCAUCCCUCUAUCCUGCUGCUUUUCAUCCCUCUAUCCUGCUGUUUUCCAUCCCUCUCUCCUGCUGUUUUUCAUCCCUCUAUCCUGCUGUUUUUCAUCCCUCUAUCCUGCUGCCUUUCAUCCCUCUAUCCUGCUGUUUUUCAUCCCUCUACCCUGCUGUUUUUCAUCCCUCUAUCCUGCUGUUUUUCAUCCGUCUAUCCUGCUGUUUUUCAUCCCUCUACCCUGCUGUUUUUCAUCCCUCUAUCCUGCUGCUUUUCAUCCCUCUAUCCUGCUGUUUUUCAUCCCUCUAUCCUGCUGUUUUUCAUCCCUAUAUCCUGCUGUUUUUCAUCCCUCUACCCUGCUGUUUUUCAUCCCUCUAUCCUGCUGUUUUUCAUCCCUCUAUCCUGCUGUUUUUCAUCCCUCUAUCCUGCUGUUUUUCAUCCCUAUAUCCUGCUGCUUUUCAUCCCUCUAUCCUGCUGCUUUUCAUCCCUCUAUCCUGCUGUUUUUCAUCCCUCUAUCCUGCUGUUUUUCAUCCCUCUAUCCUGCUGCUUUUCAUCCCUCUAUCCUGCUGUUUUUCAUCCCUCUAUCCUGCUGUUUUUCAUCCCUAUAUCCUGCUGCUUUUCAUCCCUCUAUCCUGCUGCUUUUCAUCCCUCCAUCCUGCUGUUUUCCAUCCCUCUAUCCUGCUGUUUUUCAUCCGUCUAUCCUGCUGUUUUUCAUCCCUUUACCCUGCUGUUUUUCAUCCCUCUAUCCUGCUGCUUUUCAUCCCUCUAUCCUGCUGUUUUUCAUCCCUCUAUCCUGCUGUUUUUCAUCCCUAUAUCCUGCUGUUUUUCAUCCCUCUACCCUGCUGUUUUUCAUCCCUCUAUCCUGCUGUUUUUCAUCCCUCUAUCCUGCUGUUUUUCAUCCCUCUAUCCUGCUGUUUUUCAUCCCUAUAUCCUGCUGCUUUUCAUCCCUCUAUCCUGCUGCUUUUCAUCCCUCUAUCCUGCUGUUUUUCAUCCCUCUAUCCUGCUGUUUUUCAUCCCUCUAUCCUGCUGCUUUUCAUCCCUCUAUCCUGCUGCUUUUCCCUCCACACCUCUUAGGCCCUCCCACCUCGUGUUCUCCUCUGUCCCCAUGAAGGUAGGGGAAUACCAGGGUGCUCUCCCCCUCCUGGGUUGUGUAUGAGUCCUCUGAUUAGUUGUCUAAGGGAGGGCCUGUGGUCUCGCUCUCUUCUAUGUCCUUGUGUGUCUGUCUGUCAGUGUGUGUGUUUGAGAGGUGUGUGUGUGUGUGUGUGUGUGUGUGUGUGUGUGUGUGUGUGUGUGUGUGUGUGUGUGUGUGUGUGUGUGUGUGUGUGUGUGUGUGUGUGUGUGUGUGUGUGUGUGUGUGUGUGUGUGUGUGUGUGUGUGUGUGUGUGUGUGUGUACGUGUUUGAUGCUUUGCCUGGGCUGGCUUUGUGCCUGUAUGCACAUUGGAACAUAACAUUCAGUGUCAUCACUGUAUUAAACAUUGUAUUUACGUUUCCAUGAGGCAAAGUGUAUGUGAUCAGGAGGUGGUGUAUUUUAGUGUGUGCGUGUGCGUGUGCUUUCAAAUGAACGGGUUCAGAUUUGACUUGUUAGCAUGCUCUGGUUCCUAGCCCCACACUCCUUGUUUUACUGUUUUACCUAGUUCCCUGUGAGGCUCAGGAGGGUCUGUCCCUCAGUUCAAAUCCUCCUUUGCUUUCUCAGAUUGUAUAUCGGUUUUUUAAGAUGUAUUAAAGAGGAUAUAAUAAGGAAAA